UGAAGUUCUGCUUUAGUUUUCUUUUAUUGGGAAGAUUUUUUUUUUGUACAAUUGCAAGAGUUAACAGAAACCUGAAAAUUAAUAGCAAUGCAAAAAUUAUCUAGAAAGAAGGGAAAGAUUAGAUGGAGCAAACUAUAUUCAUUUUCCUGCUUUCAACCUCGAACCAACGAUCCUCUUCCUGCUGAUCAGGAACUCAUUGGUCAGCCUGGAUUUUCCAGGAUGGUUUUCUGCAAUGAACCUCAAUCGCACAAGAAGCAGCCUCAUAAAUAUCCAAACAACUCAAUAUCAACAACAAAGUACAAUAUAGUAACUUUUCUUCCAAAAGCUCUUUUUGAGCAGUUUCGAAGAGUUGCCAAUCUUUAUUUUCUCUUGGCAGCAGUACUAUCUUACACUUCUUCAGCUCCGGUAAAACGCGAAACUCUGAUUGCUCCAUUGGUUAUUGUGGUGGGUAUAAGCAUGCUUAAAGAGGCUGUUGAGGAUUGGUAUAGGUUCUUGCAGGAUUUACAUGUAAAUAAUCGAACAGUGAAAGCUCAUUCAGGAAAUGGUAAAUUUGUGGAUAGAUUAUGGAAAGAACUUUCUGUAGGAGAUAUAGUUAAAGUUAAUAAGAAUCAAUAUUUCCCAAGUGAUCUUCUUUUACUAUCUUCCAGCUAUGAAGAUGGUGUGUGUUAUGUGGAGACUAUGAAUCUGGAUGGAGAAACAAAUUUGAAAAUAAAAAGAUGCUUAGAACAAACUCUGGGAUUGAAUGAUGAUGAAGAAUUUCGCAAUUUUCGAGCAACUGUUAGAUGUGAAGAUCCUAAUCCAAGCCUUUACUCUUUUGUUGGGAACAUAGUUCUAGAAGAUAAAAUGUAUCCCUUGUGCCCUUCUCAAGUGCUUUUAAGAGAUUCAAAACUUCGAAACACUUAUUAUGUUUAUGGAGUAGUGAUUUUCAGUGGACAUGAUACAAAAGUAGUCAGGAAUUCUACAAAAGCACCAUGUAAAAGAAGCCAGAUUGAGCGAAAGAUGGAUAAAGUCAUAUACCUUCUUUUCUCUUUGCUGCUUCUGAUUUCAUCAAUUGCUUCUGUUGGAUCUGUAUUAGUCAUGAAAUCUGACAUGGCUGGAUGGUGGUACCUUUUUCCAGAAGAUCCUGAUCCUCUUUUUAAUCCUCUGAAGCCGGUAAAUUCAGGCUUUCAGCAAUUUAUAAGGGCCUUCAUAUUGUAUGGAUACUUGAUUCCUAUUUCUCUAUAUGUCUCCAUUGAAGUUGUCAAAGUUCUACAAGCCAUGUUCAUUAACAAAGACAUAGAAAUGUAUGAUGAAGUUAGCUGUAAGUCAGUCCAAGCUCGAACUUCGAAUUUAAACGAGGAACUUGGUCAAGUAGAAAUAGUUCUAUCAGAUAAAACUGGGACUUUGACCUGCAACCAGAUGGAAUUCCAGAGAUGCUCAAUUGCUGGAAUUUCGUAUGGGGGUGACACAAAUCAAGUUGAUAUUGGAGCUUCCAAAAGAAUGAAUUCUGAUGUUGACCUUGAAGCAUGCCGAUUUAGUACCGAAAAUUCUGAUGCAAGUAGCCAAGCUUUUGAGAUGCUUGAGCCCUCUGUAGCUGAUACUAGCAUCCAAAAGUCAGCUCCAGAGGGUCAAGAAGAUGUGCAUUAUUUGAAUUUGGGACAGUCAAGAAUCUCUAAUUUGGGGAAAGAAGCAGUCAUGAAGGGCUUCAACUUCAGAGAUGAGAGGUUAACGAGCAAUCAAUGGAUUGACCGACCUGACCUGUUUGAUGUUACUAUGUUUUUUAGAGUCAUGGCUCUAUGUCACACUGGCAUUCCUGUUGAAGAUAAUGAAACUGAUAAGCUUAAUUACGAGGCAGAGUCACCAGAAGAAGUAGUAUUUCUGAUUGCUUCACAAGAAUUUGGGUUCCAAUUUUGUCAAAGGACUCAAUCCUUAUUGGUUAUUAAGGAGAUUGAUCCUUCCUCUGGAAAGAAAGUGAAUAGGGAAUAUAAGCUAUUGAACUUGUUGGAAUUUAGUAGCUCUCGCAAGAGAAUGUCGGUGGUAGUAAGCGAUGAAGCUGGCAAAAUCUUUCUUCUUUGCAAAGGAGCAGAUAGCAUCAUUUUCGAUAGGCUCGCAGAUAAUGGCAGAGGAUACCAAGAGGCUACAACUUCACACCUUUCAAGUUAUGCUGAAGAUGGAUUGAGGACUCUAGCAUUCGCUUAUCGGAUAAUUGACCAUGCAGAAUAUGAAAAAUGGAAUUCAAAAUUUACACACUCAAAGACUAUAGUAGGUCCUCAAAGAGAAGAAUUACUUGAGAAAGCAUCCGAAAUUAUUGAAAAAGAUUUAAUCUUAUUAGGAGCUGUUGCUGUUGAGGACAAGUUGCAAGAAGGGGUUCCCCAAUGCAUAGAUAAACUUUCUCAAGCAGGGUUAAAAAUAUGGCUACUCACAGGUGACAAGAGAGAAACUGCAAUAAAUAUUGGAUUUGCUUGCAGCCUACUACGACAAGAUAUGAAACAAUGCCAUAUAUGUUUAAGGAAGGAAGCUGAAUCUAACAACCAUAUGGAGGCUCUGAAAGAGGAUAUUUUAUAUCAAAUUGAAAGUUCAUAUCAAAUGAUGUGUAAUGAUAGCAAUAAAGUUUCACCUUUUGCUUUGGUGGUUGAUGGAAGGACACUUGAAAUCACAUUGCAAGAUGGUGUAAGGGACCAAUUCUUGCGGUUGGCUGCUAAUUGUGCCUCUGUUAUUUGCUGUAGAGUUUCUCCGAAACAGAAAGCUUUGAUUACGCGAUUGGUAAAGGAAUAUACCGGUAGUACAAUUUUGGCAAUUGGAGAUGGAGCGAACGAUGUUGGCAUGAUCCAAGAAGCUGACAUUGGCAUUGGAAUCAGUGGCCAGGAAGGCAUGCAAGCAGUAAUGGCAAGUGACUUUUCAAUGCCUCAAUUUAGAUUCUUGGAAAGAUUACUUAUAGUUCAUGGGCAUUGGUGUUACAAGAGAAUAUCGAAAAUGGUUCUCUACUUUGUGUACAAGAACAUUGCACUCGGCCUCACUAUGUUCUGCUACGAAUUAUACACAAGCUUUUCUGGAGAAGUGUUGUAUGAUUCUUGGUAUAUGGUGAUGUUCAAUGUCCUCUUAACAUCCUUGCCAGUGAUAUCACUUGGAGUCUUCGAGCAGGACGUUCCCUCGGAUGUAUGCCUCCAGUUUCCGGCUCUUUACAAGCAAGGGCAAGAAAAUAUAUAUUUUUCCUGGAGCCGCAUUGUGGGUUGGAUAUUAAAUGGAACAGUUGCUUCUUUAGUCAUAGUCCUUUCAAACAUAUACAUACUCUCGCCUUCUGCAUUUAGAGAAAAUGGAAAUGUUGCAGAUAUCACUCACUUUGGUGCUAUUAUGUACACAUGCCUAAUAUGGACGGUCAAUUGUCAAAUUGCGUUGAUAAUCACUCACUUCACUUGGAUUCAACAUCUUUUCAUAUGGGGAAGUAUCUUUUUAUGGUACAUUUUCUUGCUAGUUUACGGCGCGCUUCCUCCUGCCUUUUCUGAUAGAGGAUUUCAUGUCAUUGUUGAAUCUAUUGGAUCAACACCAGUUUUUUGGACGGUGACAUUGCUUGCUGUAGUUGUUUCUCUGCUACCAUAUUUUAUACAUAUCGUUAUUCAACACUCAUUCUAUCCAUUGGAUGACCAUUUGAUACAAGAAAUGAAGCAUUACAAGAAAGAUGUCACAGAAAAUCAAAUGUGACUGAAGGAACAAAUAAAUGCCCAGAAAAUGACUCAGAUUGGAUUUUCUGCUAGAGUUGAAGCUACAAUUCUUUCAUUCAAAGAAGAGUUUCACCAAAAGAAGACUUCAAUAUAUAAAUUUUUGAGCAGAGAUUCAUUGUUCUAGACAUAUGCAGUUAGCAUUGUACAUGACUCGCUCUAACCCAAUCCAAUCCAAUCCAAUCCGCCGGAAUUGAAGAUAUAAUGGGUUGAGUUGGGGAGAUCAUCUUUAUAAUUCGCAGGUUAAGUUGGGUCACAGAUUCACCGGAUAAACCCAUGGACCUUAACCAAUCCAAAGAUAAUGUCAAUAUGUAUAUCUAUACAUAUUGUAUAAUUAUGAAUGAUUUAAGUUAAUUUGAUUUGAUUUGCAAUUUUAAAUAUAAAUAUUAUAUUAUUGCUUUUUUUUA